CAGAAUAGUGAAGCAUCCAGACUCAAGCAACAGCGCCUGGCAAGGUUUCAGGCCGAACCCCUUGAAGCCGGCAACAGGCUCGUCUUCUUACCCUACCAGUCUAGCAGAGUCGAUGCUGCUGUGAGGGCCCAUCGCGAGAGAGUCUCUGGCAAGCUGGCAAAGUAA